CGCCGCUGACGUCACGUCAUCUUGCGGGACGUGGACGGAAGAAAAAGGAAAGAAAGCCAGCGCCAGAAUCGGCUUCGCGUAGACUGAGGGCUAGGCAUUGGGACAGGACGCCGGCGGCGGCGGUAGUGAGACUCGGCGGCGGCUGCGAGGCAGGCACUUUGACCAGUGACCACAUCACACCAUGUUGAGUCAAGUCUACCGCUCUGGGUUCCAGCCCUUCAACCAGCGUCUCCUGCCCUGGGCCCAAUCCACAGCGCUCUCCAGAUAUCAUCGUGUCCAGCCUUCAGCCAUCAGACAUGUUCGUUCUUGGAGCACCAUCCCCUUUAUCACGGUACCCCUCAAUCGUGCACAUGGCAAGUCUUUUGCCCACCGCAGUGAGCUGAAACAUGCGAAGAGAAUUGUGGUGAAACUCGGAAGUGCCGUGGUGACCCGAGGAGAUGAAUGUGGCCUGGCACUGGGGCGCCUGGCAUCUAUUGUUGAGCAGGUGUCAGUGCUACAGAAUCAGGGCCGAGAGAUGAUGCUGGUGACCAGUGGAGCUGUAGCCUUUGGCAAGCAACGCUUACGCCAUGAGAUCCUUCUGUCUCAGAGCGUGCGGCAGGCCCUGCACUCAGGGCAGAACCAUCUGAAAGAGAUGGCAAUUCCUGUCUUGGAAGCCCGAGCCUGUGCAGCCGCCGGACAGAGUGGGCUGAUGGCCCUGUAUGAAGCCAUGUUUACGCAGUACAGCAUCUGUGCUGCCCAGAUUUUGGUGACUAAUUUGGAUUUCCAUGAUGAGCAGAAGCGAAGGAACCUCAAUGGGACACUUCAUGAGCUCCUUCGAAUGAACAUUGUCCCCAUUGUCAACACAAAUGAUGCUGUUGUCCCCCCAGCUGAGCCCAAUAGUGACCUCCAGGGGGUAAAUGUUAUUAGUGUUAAAGAUAAUGAUAGUCUGGCUGCCCGUCUGGCCGUGGAAAUGAAAACUGACCUCUUGAUUGUUCUUUCAGAUGUAGAAGGCCUCUUUGACAGCCCCCCAGGGUCAGAUGACGCAAAGCUCAUCGAUAUAUUUUAUCCCGGAGAUCAGCAGUCUGUGACAUUUGGAACCAAGUCGAGAGUGGGAAUGGGUGGCAUGGAAGCCAAGGUGAAAGCAGCCCUCUGGGCUUUGCAAGGUGGCACUUCUGUGGUUAUUGCCAAUGGAACCCACGCAAAGGUGUCUGGGCACGUCAUCACAGACAUUGUGGAGGGAAAGAAAGUUGGUACCUUCUUUUCUGAAGUAAAGCCUGCAGGCCCUACUGUUGAGCAGCAGGCAGAAAUGGCCCGAUCAGGAGGAAGGAUGCUGGCCACUUUGGAACCAGAGCAGAGAGCAGAGAUUAUCCAUCAUCUGGCUGAUCUGUUGACAGACCAGCGUGAUGAAAUCCUGUCAGCCAACAAAAAAGACCUGGAGGAAGCAGAGGGAAGACUUGCAGCUCCUUUGCUGAAACGUUUGAGCCUCUCCACAUCUAAAUUGAACAGCCUGGCCAUCGGUCUGCGGCAGAUUGCAGCCUCCUCACAGGACAGCGUGGGCCGCGUUUUACGCCGCACCCGAGUUGCAAAAGACUUGGAACUAGAACAAGUGACUGUCCCAAUUGGAGUUCUACUGGUCAUCUUUGAAUCUCGCCCUGACUGUCUACCCCAGGUGGCAGCCUUGGCUAUUGCAAGUGGUAAUGGCUUGUUACUCAAAGGAGGGAAGGAGGCUGCACAUAGCAACCGGAUUCUUCACCUCCUCACCCAGGAGGCCCUCUCCAUCCAUGGAGUCAAGGAGGCUGUACAGUUGGUGAAUACCAGAGAAGAAGUGGAAGAUCUUUGCCGCCUAGACAAAUUGAUAGAUCUGAUCAUUCCACGCGGCUCUUCCCAGCUGGUCAGAGACAUUCAGAAAGCCGCUAAGGGGAUUCCAGUGAUGGGGCACAGUGAAGGCAUCUGCCACAUGUACGUGGAUUCAGAGGCCAGUGUCGAUAAAGCCACCAGACUAGUUAGAGACUCUAAAUGUGAAUAUCCAGCUGCCUGUAAUGCUCUGGAGACUCUGUUAAUCCACCGCGAUCUGCUAAGAACACCACUGUUUGACCAGAUCAUUGAUAUGUUGAGAGUGGAGCAGGUGAAAAUUCACGCAGGCCCCAGGUUCGCCUCCUAUCUGACCUUCAGCCCCUCUGAAGUGAAGUCCCUCCGAACUGAGUAUGGAGACCUGGAAUUGUGCAUUGAAGUGGUGGACAGUGUCCAGGAGGCCAUCGACCACAUUCACAAGUAUGGCAGCUCCCAUACAGAUGUCAUCGUCACAGAGAAUGAGCAAACAGCAGAGUUCUUCCUCCAGCACGUAGAUAGUGCCUGUGUGUUCUGGAACGCCAGCACUCGCUUCUCUGAUGGUUACCGCUUCGGACUGGGAGCUGAAGUGGGAAUCAGUACAUCACGAAUCCAUGCCCGGGGACCAGUAGGACUCGAGGGACUACUUACUACUAAGUGGCUGCUGCGAGGGCAGGACCACGUGGUCUCAGAUUUCUCCGAGCAUGGAAGUUUAAAAUACCUUCACGAGAACCUCCCUGUUCCUCAGAGAAACACCAACUGAAAGCAUGCAGAGAAGAGCUGGACUGUUCUAGAGAUCUUCAGUUAAACUUGGCUGAAGAAUCUCAGGAUGAGCCAAGUCUGGUCUCCCACUUCCGGGAAGGGUCUGCCUGGUGGAAAGUAUACCUACAUGCUUCUGGGUUCAGAUUGGCAACAUUAGUCAUGGCUAAUGACUUGCAUUCCAGCUCACCCUUUUCUCUUUUUUUAAUAUAGAAAAUAAUUGCUAAUGAUAGGAACUUUGCUUACUUGCUAUAGCUAGGGACUUUGCACGGUCCCGUUCCCUUCACCUAUAGAAACAGAAAGGUGCGGUUUCCCCACAUACCAGGCAAUGGAAAAAGGGCCUCUUCUGACCUUUUUAUCACCUCAAUGAGGUAAAGUCUCCCGUGGCAUUUGGUUGGUACUAGAACCAGCCAUACCUAACAAGUCUUUCCACAUUUCCUUUCUUUCACACUCGUAGUCAUCUUCGAAAAGGAAAGAUUUGGAAUUUAGAAGAGGGACAGCUCUUUUAGCAUUCUCAUCAGAAACAAUCACAGAAAUGGACUGAAUCAUUUCCGCUGGUAAGCUCAACCUUUUAUAUUUAUUUGUGGAAUAAAUAUAAGCAUUCCAGAUGCUUGCAGCCUCUCUGGAUCCAGGAGAUUUGGCAUUACCCAUGAUGUAGCUGGAACCUGAAACUGCAGACAGGAGGUGUGCGUUUCUGGAUGAAGUAUCUACAGCAAUUACGCUUGAAAUUUUUAUAUGAAUUAUUUUGUCAUCCUGUCCUUCCAAAACAAAAUUAGAGGAUUAUUUUAAUACUUUGGAUUCUUUUCCCCUUUUUAAAAAAUAAAGUUCGUA